AUGGACCACGACCACACCAUCGACGAACAGCCAGCUUCCCAGGACGAACCAGCUACUUUAGAACUUUCAGAUGUCGUUCAUGACGAAACAAUCGAUGAUGAGGUUGAAUCGAGUCUUACCCCCAAUCAACCUUCACCCAUCCCCGACUAUUCCUCUCCAUCCGAGUCCUAUGCUGUCGAAAUAUUCCAACGAGAAAUAGUAACUCUUCUGAGUCAGAAUGCCUCUGCUGCGUCAGCUGCGUUGCUUUGCGCUGUGGCUGAGCAGCGCCAAGAGUCUCCGGAGGCCAAUACGACAAUGGAUCUUGGUCUUGCAGCCGCCUUGCGAGCAGCCAACGCGCACAAUUCUCCCACGGACACAGAGUUUAGUCGACAGCUGAGACCAGGAGAUGAGCCGAAAACAACUCGAAGCGCACCAGCAUUUCACUCCCUCACGGAGAGCCACCAGACCUCUAAACGAAGCGACUUUUUAUAUACCAACAGCGAGCAAAACAGUGAAGAUGGACUCCCAGACGCGUUCUCCUUGCCACGUCGCGCAUCUACUCCCCAAAUGGCAGAACUUGCCGAAAUGGACCACAUGUUGACCCAGUUUGCCACUCGCUUCGAACCAGAAAACCGCCCACCGUCUCCCGACGACUUCCUGGAACGCGAUGACUCGCAGCCUGUUGCUUCUACUUCCGCGCUACCGACACCCAAAGCCAAGGAGCCUCAUGUUUGCGACCAUGAUCAGUGCAACAAAUCUUUCAAUCGACGUAGUGACUUGAUUCGUCAUACGCGAAUCCACACUGGUGAACGGCCGUUUCCUUGCGAGCAUCCUGGCUGUGGUAAAUCAUUCAUUCAGCGGUCCGCCUUGCACGUGCACCAACGGGUGCACACGGGAGAAAAGCCUCAUUCUUGCGAGUACCCGCGUUGCGGCAAAACCUUCGGUGAUUCCAGCAGCCUGGCGCGACAUCGAAGAACGCACACAGGAAAACGGCCUUACAAGUGCGAAGAAAUGACCUGCGAAAAGACCUUCACGCGAAGAACAACGUUAACUCAGCACAUGCGAACUCAUGACCCAAGCUGGGAGCCAGAUCCGAACGUUCGCUACAGCUUCAAACCCAAACGACGGAAACAUUGUGAUGAUGAGUUUGAAUCUGAGGACGACGACUUGGCUGACUCUGUGCGGACAAUAUCGGCCAUAUUUCAAACCGAGGAGCGAUUGGAGGUUAAAGUGGCGAGCAUUGGGGCAGAAAUCGCGGCUGCUUUGGCGCAGUCUCGGACUUCUCGGGUGUUCGAUGAACAGGCACUUGGGCCCAACACCAGUGGCAUUCGGGACGAAGAGGACGAUAGUGAUGCGUCGUUUCCGUUGCCGUUGAGACGGAGAAAGGGUACAGACAACCCCUCGAAGCGUAAGAGGUUGUAG